AUGAAAUCUGAAUAUAAAGUAAAAAAUGAUCAAACAAUAUCUUUACCAUCAAUUGCUAUCAUGUUUCAUGUUUAUAAUUUGGCACAAAGUAGACCAGUGAUGACUGAUGAAAAUGCGGUUGAAUAUUUGGAAAGAUUACAAAAAGUUCUAAAAGUUUUUGAUCAUGCGCUUUAUGUGGAAUUAUGGGUUGCUGCUUUAACCGGUCUAGCUGAACAACGAAAUAAUAAACAUUCACCUAAUCAUAUUUUAUUAUGGACAAGUUUUGUUUUGGUCAAACUUCCUGCUUUAAUAGAAAAAUUGGAGGAAAGAAAAAAAUUGAAAAUAUUAGAAAAAGAAAUUUUAUAUGAAGAAAUCAAAUAUAAUCGACAUGAAUGUGUGAUUAAUCAAUUAUUUGGAUAUCGAGGAUUAAUUAGUGCUUGUAAUCAACGCGUAGAGGGAAUUGUAGAUGGUAUUUUUCAAUCUGGUGAUGCUGAUAUUUCAGUUGAUAUCUUGCAAGUAUGUCUAAAACGUAAAUUUGUAAGAAAAGAAUUUGUAUUAAGAUUGUUCGAAGAUCGAUCUACAGAAUUGGAAUGGGGCGAUGAAAAUGUUAUGGUGGAUACUGCUGCUGCUACAGCCAACACAUUAGAACUGCCCAGUAAUGGCAUGAUUGAUUACUUAAUUUCAACUGCCCAAACAGGUUUUUUACAUCAAGAAUCUAGAGUAGAGACAAUAUUAACAAUUCUUUGUCGGUCACUUCUUGAAAAUCCUAGACUUCUUGAUAUAAUUCAUUUAUAUAGACAUCCAUAUGAUUUUCUGGGACCAAUAGAAAGGUUAUGUAAUGAUUGGAAAAAAGAAAAUACAAACGAUAACUCAUAUAAACAGGAUUACGAGAAUUUUGGGAUUAUCUUUAUAUUAUUAGUUACCACGAUAGAAAGAUAUGAGUUUCAUAAAAAUAUUAAAGGUGUAUUACAUGAUGAACUUGGAUUUUGUCAUACAUGGCUUCUUCGUUCAUCUGUCACAUAUGAAUUAAGACUGUUAAAUCAUUCAAAAGCUACUACUGUAAAACAAUGGACAAAUGCAAUGAUAAAUGAUCAAAAUAUUUCUGAGAAUUUGAUAAGAACAACUAAUCCAAGAGCUUUAAUUGAAUUGUUACCAACAAUAUUUAAGCAAACACUUGCUGAAAUCAGUUCCAAUAAUGGUGAAACUACAACUAUAACUGAUGAUGAUGCUAUGGAUAUUUCCUCAACUAAUACAACGACUGUUACUAUUGAUACUUUAAUACCUAUAUUCAAAAAUUUUUUAAGACCUCAUUUAUCAUAUGCAUUUAUUGGUGUAGUUCAAUGGUUAUGUGAUGAUAUUUUCUUUUCAGUAAACUCACAAAAUUCGAUGAAACUUUUAAAAGCCUUAAUUUUAGAUGACAAUUUUCCAAAAAAAAUAUUAAAAUUAAUAGAACCAAAAAUCAUCGCAUUAAUCAAUUAUAUAAAUGAUAUUAAUAAUAAUAUCAAUAAUAUUGCGAGAAAGUCUACAAAACAUCCUACAGAAACAUUAUUUCCAAGAUUUCUUAUUGUAUUUGAAUCAGUUGUCCGUGGUGGCAGGCAACAUAAAAAAACCUUGGGAAGCUUUAAAUAUGAUUAUGAUUAUGAUUCAAAAAUAUUUGAAAUGUCGACAAAUUUAGAAUGGUGGGGACCUCAUCAUUUAGAUAUUGGGUUGUUUAGAGCUUGUUUAGAAAAUAUUGGUCCAAAGAUAUUUGUAGAUUCAAUAAUUGAAGGUGUGUUGGUAGCAAGUCUAAGUGGAAUGGGCUCACGUGCAGCUGAAUUAGGAGCGUCAUUAUUAACACAACCAUUAUGUUAUACGUGGAAUAAACAAUUACAGUCAACAAAUCUUUUGCACAUAUUUUUUACAAAAGUAUUGUCCAAUGUGCUAAUAAUAAUGGCCGAAGGACUCCGUUUUGAUGGACGUACAGUUAUUGUAACAGGAGCUGGUGGUGGUUUGGGGCGUGCUUAUGCACUUGCUUUUGCGUCACGUGGUGCCAAUGUUGUGGUAAAUGAUCUUGGUGUUUCCAGAGGUGGCGAUGGAUCUUCUACAGCAGCUGCAGAUAAGGUGGUUGAUGAAAUUGUUAGCAUUGGUGGUAAAGCGGUUGCAAAUUAUAAUUCAGUAGAAGACGGUGAUAAAAUUGUGGAAACUGCACUAAAAGCAUUUGGUCGUGUUGAUAUUGUAAUAAACAAUGCAGGGAUUCUUCGUGAUAAAUCAUUUGCACGAAUGAAUGAUUCAGACUGGGAUCUUGUUCAAGCAAUCCAUGUUCGCGGCUCAUAUAAAGUAACCAAAGCAGCUUGGGAUGUUUUCCGGAAACAAAAAUUUGGAAGAAUCAUAAAUACUGCCUCAGCCGCAGGUAUUUAUGGAAACUUCGGUCAAGCCAAUUAUAGUUCAGCCAAACUUGGAUUGGUCAGUUUUACUUCAACACUUGCUAAGGAGGGUGAAAAAUCAAAUAUUCAUGCAAAUUGUAUUGCACCAAUUGCGGCAUCAAGAAUGACCGAGACAGUAAUGCCACCAGAUGUCCUUGCAUCUCUCAAACCUGAUUAUAUUGCUCCAUUAGUUUUAUAUUUGUGUCAUGAAUCAACUCAAGAAAAUGGAAGUUUAUUUGAACUUGGUGCUGGCUUUGUAGCUAAAUUGAGGUGGCAACGAUCAAAAGGCGCUAUUUUCAAAACUGAUGAAACAUUCUUACCUGGCACUGUACUGGCAAAAUGGCCUGAAGUCACAGAUUUUUCAGAACCUGACUACCCUACCUCGCCAAGUGAUAAAGAUUAUUAUAGUUUGCUGGAGAUAGCAAAAAAAUUGCCCUCUAAUCCUAAAUCAGAAGAUCUAAAACUUGAUGGCAAGGUUGCUGUUGUUACUGGAGCAGGAGGUGGGCUAGGUCGUGCAUAUGCUAUUUUGUUGGGCAAACUUGGUGCAUCAGUUGUAGUUAAUGACAUUGGAGUUAGCACACAUGGCCAAGGAACUUCUAAUAAAGCUGCAGACAAAGUAGUUCAAGAGAUUAUAAAUGCAGGUGGUAAAGCUGUUGCCAACUAUGAUUCAGUUGAAGAUGGUGAUAAAGUGGUUGAAACAGCCAUAAAAGCAUUUGGGCGUGUAGACAUCAUAGUUAAUAAUGCUGGUAUAUUGAGAGACAAAUCAUUUGCCAGAAUGACAGAUCAAGAUUGGGAUUUAGUACAGAGAGUCCAUCUACGAGGAACCUAUAAAGUAACGAAAGCUGCAUGGCCUUACUUUACCAGACAAAAAUAUGGUCGUAUUAUAAAUACAGCUUCGUCAGUUGGUCUUUAUGGUAAUUUUGGUCAAGCUAAUUAUAGCACAGCAAAACUUGGAAUAUUAGGCCUCAGUAAUACUUUAGCAUUGGAGGGCAGAAAAAAUAAUAUCCUUGUUAAUACUAUCGCACCUAAUGCAGGAACAAGAAUGACUGCAACCAUAUGGCCACCUGAAAUGGUUGAAGCAUUUAAGCCAGAAUAUGUUGCACCUUUUGUUGGUUUUCUUGCACAUGAAUUAUGUCCUUCAACUGGAAAUGUUUUUGAAGUUAGUGGUGGUUGGGCAGCUCAAGUGCAAUGGCAACGUGCAGGUGGUGUUGGAUUUUCAACAUCUAAACCACUUCUACCAGAAGAUAUUGCAUCAAAAUGGGACGUCAUCACAAACUUUGAUGAUGGGCGUGCAACAAACCCAAAAACAACACAAGAAGCACUUCAGCAAUUCUUUGAAAACUUUGAAAAUGCUAAAGCUUCUGAAGAUAAACAAGAACAAAAACCAUCUAAGGGUAAAAUUGAUGUCGAGGCUGCAAAAAGUCAUAAAUUUGAACCUAAUGUAUUCGAAUAUACAGACAGAGAUGUUAAACUUUAUGCGUUGGGUGUUGGUGCUAAACGUACUGAUUUGAAUUGGGUAUUCGAGGGUGAUGAGAGAUUUGCUGUUUUACCAACAUUUGGUGUUAUUGCUGGAUUAUCUGCUCUACCAUUAGAUAAACUUCCUGAUGUAUUGGGCGAUUUCAAUCUGAUGAAACUUCUUCACGGAGAACAAUAUCUUGAAAUUAAGAAGCCAAUUCCAAUUUCAGGUAGAUUAACUUCAUUGCCUAGAAUUGUGGAUAUACUUGAUAAAGGAAAAGGAGCGACUGUGAUUAUUGGAGUUGAAACAAAGGAUGAAAAUGGAGAAACCGUUUUUGAAAAUGAGGCAACAUUAUUUAUAAGAGGGCUAGGAGGAUUCGGUGGAAAGAAAAAUCGUGAAGCUAAAGGUGCAUCUGUAGAUAGUAAUACACCACCAUCUCGAACACCAGAUAAAAUUUUUAAGGAGAAAACUACAGAAGAACAAGCUGCCUUGUAUCGAUUAAAUGGAGAUUUGAAUCCACUUCAUAUAAGUCCUGACUUUUCACAAAUGGGCGGAUUUGAAACACCAAUUCUUCAUGGAUUGUGUACAUUCGGAUUUUCAGCGAGACAUGUUUUGAAAGAAUUUUGUGACAAUGAUCCUACCAAACUUCGAUCUAUUAAAGCAAGGUUUGCAUCGCCUGUUUUUCCCGGUGAGACCUUGGAAACCCAAAUGUGGAAGACAGGGAAUAAAGUUAUUUUCCAAACACGCGUUGUUGAAAGAGAUGUUAUUGCAAUUACAGCUGCAGCUGUAGAAUUGAAUGAUGGCGGAUUAUCUGAUCAAGCCAAAUCUAAACUCUAA